AUGGGAUCUAAGCUCCGGACUUCGGAGGCGAAAGCUGCUAAUCUUUCCGAUGGCACCACAAACCAUCAGCCGCUCAGAUUCAGAGCUCAUGACAUGAAGAAGCCUCAUAUCACGGAGAUGCCUGUGACCUGGUCGAAUUGGUGGAAACACCUGGAUUGGCUCAGCAUAUAUUUCAUCAUUGUUGUACCCGUCUUAGGUCUUCUGGCUGCUACUCAGACUUCACUGCGGCUCUACACGGGCGUGUUCGCAGUCGUAUAUUAUGUGAUGACUGGCUCUGGAAUCACUGCUGGGUACCAUCGCCUUUGGGCGCAUUCUUGCUACAAAGCAACUCUUCCACUCAAGAUCUACCUAGCAGCUGCUGGAGCCGGCGCCGCCCAAGGCAGCAUCAGAUGGUGGUCGAGAGGUCACCGCGCUCAUCAUCGAUAUACAGACACACCGAAAGAUCCCUACUCUGUUGAGAAGGGAUUCUGGUACUCGCAUUUAGGCUGGAUGGUGUGGAAGCAGGACCCCAAAAGGAUCGGCCGAUCUGACAUAAGCGACUUGAAUGAGGAUCCAGUCGUUGUAUGGCAGCACAAACACUACAUCAAAUCGGUUCUGAUCAUGGCCCUGGUAGUCCCAACCCUUGUUUGUGGUCUAGGAUGGGGCGAUUGGGCUGGCGGGUUUGUAUAUGCUGGAAUAUUGCGUACCGCCUUUAUACAGCAGGCGACUUUCUGUGUCAAUUCGCUGGCUCACUGGCUCGGCGAACAACCAUUCGAUGAUCGCAACUCACCUCGCGACCAUGUCAUUACAGCACUUGUCACUCUUGGUGAAGGGUACCACAAUUUCCACCACGAGUUUCCAUCGGACUACCGUAAUGCUAUCGAGUGGUGGCAAUAUGAUCCUACGAAAUGGAUGAUCUGGACUUGGAAGAAAGUUGGACUCGCCUAUGAUCUGAAGCAGUUUCGUGCGAACGAGAUCGAGAAAGGUCGUCUUCAACAGCUACAAAAAAAGGUGGACCAAAAACGCGCCAAACUGGAUUGGGGCAUACCUAUCUCACAGCUUCCGGUAUUCAGCUGGGAAGAAUUCGUCGUCCAGGCAAGAAGCAACGGUCAAGCUCUUGUUGCAAUUGGAGGCGUGAUACACGACGUAGCUCCGUUCAUCAAAGAGCAUCCUGGUGGUAAAACACUCAUUUUGUCUGCUGUUGGAAAGGACGCUACUGCGAUCUUUAAUGGUGGAGUUUACCAGCAUUCGAAUGCAGCACAUAAUUUGUUGUCCACUAUGCGAGUCGGAGUUGUUCAUGGCGGCGGUGAGGUCGAGACCUGGAAGAAGACAAGAGCUGAAAAGGGUGCCGAUAAUGCUUGA